AUGGUGUCGCCGUGGCUUCUCGUUGUCGUCGUCAUCUCGCCAAUUCUCAUUAACGCUAAGUCAUUGAGCGGAAUCGAACUCAAGAACCCAUCAUGCUCUUACGCAAACGAAUUCAUGUACUUGUCAUGGCAGUACGAUGAUGCCAGUACCGAGAUCGUCUUCAAGAUGAUCGCGAAAUCAAACGGCGUUAAGAACUUCUUGGCUGGCGUGUUUUUCGGAGAGGAACAGCCGAUGGAUUCAAUCGGAGCUUCCGUGAGAAAUGGCCAGAUCGGUGUCAUGGACGGGCACGUAACCCGAGAUGGCCGGGUUGAACUGGACAAUGUUACCAAUGUACAGUCAUUGCUAUUCGAUCUACAGAACGACGUGCUGACUGUGGAAUUCGCUCGUCCUUCAUAUACAAACGACCGUUUCGAUACAGACCUGUCCAAUUGUGUGAACCCAUCAUGCUCUUACGCAAACGAAUUCAUGUACUUGUCAUGGCAGUACGAUGAUGCCAGUACCGAGAUCGUCUUCAAGAUGAUCGCGAAAUCAAACGGCGUUAAGAACUUCUUGGCUGGCGUAGGAACAGCCGAGAACUGCAGCAUAAAAAUCAACGAUGUAGUUCUAGGUGCUCUUUUUCAAGAUUGGAUUCAUCGGAGCUUCGUGAGAAAUGGGCCAGAUCGGUGUCAUGGACGGGCACGUGUAACCCGAGAUGGCCGGGUUGAACUGGACAAUGUUACCAAUGUACAGUCAUUGCUAUUCGAUCUACAGAACGACGUGCUGACUGUGGAAUUCGCUCGUUCCUUCAUUAAAUCACGGUUUCGAUAA